AGAAGCUACUCGGAUGAAACGUCUUCAAGAAAUUCUACAAGUCCAGCCGACCUUAUUCAACGCUUUUUUUUGGAUUACUUGAAUACUGAAUCCCGCAAGCUUCUGAUUGGUGGUAUUAAACAAUCUUCAUAUCAGAAAGACACUUACUUCAUCCCAGAGUUGUUUUCCCAGAUCUAUUCUCUCUCUCUCUCUCAGACAUCAUUCUUUUACCAAACAAAAUUAAAGAAAUCCACUUGAAGAUUUUACACAGCUAUUAUGUUUGUAAAAAAAAAUAUUGCAUAAAUUUAAAUGUCUCUCCACUUUGCUUCCUCGUUUGCAUGUUACCUGUUCCCUUUCUCAAGAAUAUUAGAUUGAAGCUGCUUUCCGAUCUUGUCAGCCUUUAACACACUUGAUAGCAAAGUCAGAAGGAAUAGUAUGAUAUCAACUCUCAUUCUGCUGAAACGGGAAACAUGGACGAGUGUCAGCACGCUUAGAGAUUCUUCUACAGUUUUAUGGCCCUAGAGGAAAAACUCAAAAAAGGAAAUUAUUAAGGCUCUAGCCAUCCUAAUGAGUUCGGCACUACUCCAGUCUUUUAGACCGUUUUAACCUUUUAUAUAUAUAUUUUUAAUCACGUUGCUGCUUUGCGUUGCCAUACGUUUUUUUGUUGAGGUUUUUGCUUAGUUCUCUGUUGCCAUGCCGUGUUAUAUGGCUUUGUUUACCUGUAUCGUUUUCAGUUAUUGCCUUAGGAUAAACAUUAUUUGUUUGUCUUCCGGUUUACAUCCAAGAUGGCGGCGGGGGUCUCGGUGUGGUCCUACCUAGUAUAUACAGUCUUUCUUUUUUUUUUCUCCAAAAUAUUCAUUCUUUUAUUUCAACUGUUACUGUGCAACAUUAGUGUCUCCAGACAACUGCUGUAAACACGAACAUACCUGACAUAAACAUACCUCUAUAUAUAUAUCAGACACUGUUUUUUUCCCCUUAGUAGUCAAUGGUGUGGUCUUACAAGUGUUAACGUCACAGCUGCAGACCCGCUCAAUAUCAGUGAGCAUGCGCCUUACGCUUCUUCCCUGUGCCUCCAGGCCUCGGUGCAUAAGAGUGAAGAAGGAAACGAGGAAAGAGGACCGACACACGAGAGGAGAGGAGUGAGUCUUGAUGAGAAAGACAUGGCUCAGAAACGCCGUUCUUUGGACCACGUUAUCGCCAGGCUGACUGGAGAGGGGCCAUUUAGUGACGAGGAAUGGGGCGAUAGUUCAGAGGCGGACAGCGUUUUAAGCUCCGACGAGUAUUAUGAUGCAGAAGACGGACUCGAGGACACAUCUGAAGAUGACGACGAGGAAUACACUGUGCCAAGUGGAAAAUUGCAGCCGGACCUACCAUCAUCCACCAGCUCAGAGUCAGAGGAUGAGCGCGCAAGUGCCCGUCAAAGUCCACGUGGACGCAAGCGCAAACGCCCCUGUAAAAAAGCUGCUUCUUCCACGCCACUACAUCCAAAUGGAUGGCACUCAGAGGAACAACCAGAUUCACUCCCAGAGCCCAUCCCACUGUUUUGCCCUGCUCGACCUCCAGGAAUACAGAUCUUUGGGACAGGAGACAACCCCAGCCCACUUGACUUGUUCAAGUUAUUUUUUGACAAAAAGACCGUCAACAUCAUCUGUGAAAACACAAACAAACAGGCAAAAAAGAACAUUGACCGGGGUAAAAAAUUCAAGUGGAAUGACAUCGGUCCCACAGAUUUUUUUAAAUUUGCGGGUCUCCUCUUUUACAUGGCGAUCCUGAAAUUGCCACAAGUGACGCAGUACUGGCAAAAGGACUCAUUUUUCAGCGUUGUGUCUCCAGCCCUCGUCAUGGCCAGGAACACUUUUCAGGCUAUAUCUUCAAACCUCCACAUGAGUGACCCAGAUAAAGAUGCCGAAAACGACAAGGAGAAGGGCACUCCCAACUACGACCCCUUGCAUCGACUCCAGCCAUUGCACGAUCACAUGAAGAGUGUCUGCAAGACUAUUUACCAUCCUAGGCAGAAUAUUUCAAUAGAUGAGAGAAUGGUGGCUACAAAAGCGAGGCUGGGAAUGCGGCAGUACAUAAAGAAUAAACCCACAAAGUAUGGCAUAAAGCUUUUUGUGUUGGCUGAUUCAAGCAAUGGCUACACUGUUGGUUUUACAGUAUAUACAGGCAAAUCCAAGUUCACCACUGGACAAGGACUUCCCUUUGACUCUGUCAUGAACUUGAUUGACAGUUCAUUUCUGGGAAGUGGGUAUCACCUUUACUUGGACAACUUUUACACAAGCCCAAGACUUUUCAGGGAGCUUCUGGCCGUGAAAGUCCGUGCAUGCGGUACAUACAGGGAGAAUACGAAAGAUACUCCAUCCACAAAAGUGAACGCCAUUGACAAAAAGUCGAGUAGGGGGACCAUCAGGUGGAUUAGAGAAGGGCCACUGUUGUACAUCAAGUGGAUGGACUCACGAGAAGUGUCAAUGUGCUCCACCAUUCACACUGCGUACAAAGGUGAAACCGUUCAGAGGCGCGUGAAAGGGCCAGAUGGACAGUGGCAUGCCCAUACUAUCCCCAGACCCAGCCCGGUGUCGGAGUACAACAAGCACAUGGGCGGUGUGGAUCUAUCUGACCAGCUCAUUCAGUAUUAUUCUGUCCACCACAGAACGACACGCUGGUACAAAUUAAUGUUUCAACACUUCCUGGACAUUGCGGCCACCAAUGCCUACAUCAUUCACAAAGAAUACUCUCUGAUGAAUCGGCAACAACCAAUGACUCACCUGAAGUUCACAGAGAGUCUUGCUGCUGAACUUUGUGGCUGUUCUUUGAAGAACGCUCCACCAUCCAUAUCAGGACAUCCACACACACCAUCUAAGUCUGCAAAUCCACACACAACACCCAAGUUAGCCACACCACCCAAGUCAGCCACACCAUCCACGUCAGCAAAGUCAGCCACACCAUCCACGUCAGCCACACCAUCCACGUUAGCCAAGUCAGCCACACCAUCUAAGUCAACCACACGAUCUAAGUCAGCCAAACGUACUAAGUCAACCAAACGUACUAAGUCAACCACACGUACUAAGUCAACGUCACGAUCUAAGUCAACCACACCAUCCAAGCCAACCACACGAUCUAAGCGAGCAGCUCCAUCCAAAUCAUCCGAGUUAUACAAGCCAGUAACCCCAGACAGACCACCCACUCCAUCUUCAUCCUCCGACUGCACAGACAUCCAAGAUCCCUCCUACUUACCAGACGACUCCGACCCCUCCAACGCCCCCGAUUCCCCCGACGCCCCCGACUCCCCGUGCACCCCAGACAUCCCAAAUAUUAGCAGUCAGUACUGUCUCCCUGACUCCCUAAAUAAGAAUCCACGGGAAAGCACAAAGGCCUCGGAGGGAAGGCUGCAUUGUGUCAACUGCAAAAAAAAGACUGCUUGGAAGUGCAGAAAUUGCGGCGUGGCACUAUGUCUCAUUGUUGACAGAAACUGCUUUGCAGAUUGGCAUGAUGUUUGUAUUAAAGCUCAAAUGGCAGUGUAGAAUUUGACAUCUCCCAAUGAAUGUGAUAAACAGAAGUUGAUUACAUAGAGCGUGCGUCCUAGCAGCUGCUCAGAACCAUAGCUUACCUGUAAGCAAGGCUCGUCAUCUACAUAAUGGAACUGCUUGUGAUAUCAGAAAGUGGAUGUGGAACAAACUUGUCCCAUAAGUUUGCAAACAAAGAUAAUGGCUAAGGUUAGCAACACAACAAACUUAUCCCACCACUUGAAGUACAACCACAAGCCGUAGUCGGACGUAAGCCAGAAAAUGAGUCAGGAGAAAUAAGCAGCCACAUCCUUAGGGAAAUUAGGGGGACCAGACCGCCUCGUUUUGGAUGACCUGUCCCCUGACUAAAGCUGUCCCGGAAAAUGUCUCUGAUUUUUCACAUUUUAUCAAUGAGAAAAAAAUGUUGCAGGCAGACUACAACAACGGCUAUUACGGUAGUUGGUCACGUUGCUAUUGACAUUACAGACACAGCAGUUUAAAGAUGAAUAAAUGUGUCAAAAUAAAUGAAACCGUAAUUGUCCCUGUAUCUACAUUUAAUUUUGAUAACAUUUAAGUCUUUUCUUUUUUUUUUAAAAUAUCCAGCCUGUAAAUGUCCCCGUGUUUCUUUUCAGAAAUCUGCCAAAAAUUGCAAAAGAAAACGAUGGACAGACAGAACUGUCUGACAGACAGAAGUGUUUGCGUUUUGCCUGGUGGAAGACAUGUUGUUCUUUCCACAUUUCAGACUUGUUUGAUUGGUUGCUACAGAUUUCUCCCAACAACUUCCUCCUUAAACAUGUAGAUAAACAGAUUAUUUGACUAUAACUAGUCGGUGUCUUUUCAGAGCUCUAAAGACAGAAUGUAGAGAGAGUCAAAAACAUGGAUUGGAAUUAUAAUAUUUUUAUUGUGAUUUUUAUCGUAAUGUUAGAAAGGUUAAAUUUAUGUAAAAUAGUUCCCCCGUUGUAGCUCUGCGAUAGGCACCGUUGCCAGCUGGGAUAAGCUCCAGCAAAAUCCUGCAACCCUAGUGAGGAUUUAGCGGUAUGGAAGAUGAGAUGAGUUCGCACUUUGUUUUUCUUUGACACUGAAAUAUGUUAUACACAGCUACUCAAGUCUUUUAUUGUUGUGAAAAUAAAUACUUCGAAAACGUCAA